AUGAGGCCACAGUUUCUCUUCUCAGUUUCGUGGAAGCUGCUGCUAAGAAGAAAGCCAUAUUGGAAUCCAGUUCUUCAAGUGAGUCAGAGGAAGAAGCUCGACCACAGUUCAUCACUACAUUUGGCGGUGACAGUCGAAGAGAUCUGGACGACGAUGAGGAAAAACCUGCUGUACUUCCUAUUGUUGGCCCUCAGCUACCAACUAAGGAGUAUCGUCGUCUUUUUCAUCUUACUAAACGUGAAGAGAGUCCUGAUCGCCUGGAUGCUGCUGAAGGGAGCAAUGCGCCGUACCGCGAUGGUCGUGAUAGUCGAGAUGGUCGGGAUAGUCGAUACAGAAGAAGAAGCAGGUCACAUUCGAGGAGUAGCAGCGUUCAGAGGCGUCGGAAUCGUUCUCGUUCCCAUGACAGACAGGUUCGGUCGCGACAUUCGCGCAGUCGCAGUAGAGAUCGUGGCGACCGUAGACGACAUAGCCGUUCGCGGUCGCAGGAACGCAAAGCCCGUGGCGCCAACGACAGGUGAAGUA